AUGGCACCAGUGAGAAAGAAUAUGAUACAACACUUCACUCAUCCAAGCCAUCCUCUAACCUACAUUGCAAGAAAUACACAGUUUCUCUGUGAUGGAUGCAAGAUACUAGGAAACGGCAACAGAUACCGAUGCAGCACGUGCGAUUUCGAUUUGCACGAGUAUUGUGGCACGUGCCCAACCUACCUCUCAUCCUUCAUGCACCCCAUACACCAACUCACCCUAGCUGUUCGAAGACCCCAAGGUGCACGCCAUAACGAACGUGUCUGUGACGUGUGUGGUACACAUGUUAAUGGCUUGUUCUACAGGUGCAACCUGUGUGAUUUCGAUGUGCACCCUCUCUGCACACAAAUGCCACAGUACACUUGUCACCCUCUGCACCCAAACCAUGUUCUGAGGCUCCAACCUCAGCCAGGAACGUUAUCUUCUGGCCGGUGCAUGGUGUGCAACACGACGUGCAAUUUUUGGGGCUACAGGUGCGUGGUUUGUGAGUACUUUGGUAUUCAUCUUCAGUGUGUUUCAGCACCGGUUGCUUCUGGUUAUGCGCAUUAUGGUUCUGGGUCUAGUUCUGUUUCUGGUUUGGGUCGUGUUUUGUAUAGUGCGUAUCAGAAUCUAAGUUCGAAUCAAGGUGGUGGUUUUGGUGGUAAUGGUGGUGCAACAUAUGGUGACAAUGUAGCGGACAUUAUUGCUUACUUUGCAACCAGUUGGCUGAACGGGUGA